ACAAAGACGGGUGGCCUAUAUGCAACAAUCUUGUCAAUAUAUUUUUUGUCAGAGCUUGAAUUGGACUGUGGAAAAAGGUGCUUAAAAAUUAGUGUUUUAAAACUUUGAAGAAGAAGUUACGAUGCAGUGGUGUUGUGUAUUUGCGCUGUGCGUCGCGAUUGUUUUGCAAAGUUCCGUUUUGGGAUUAGCAAAGAAGAAAGAAGAAAAAUCUCACGCAACAAAAUCAAACGUUCACGAAAUAAAGAAGACUUCGUCACAAAAUCUGCUCAAAUCAGAGCUCAACGCCGCGCCACUUGGGAUGGGCAUUGGAUUGAAAGCAAACGUCCCCGAAGCAAGCGACAAGAGCAAAAAAGACGACAAAGAUAUCAAAACAGAAUCGGAAACGACAACAGAGACAAACGGGCCUUUUAAGACUGUCACAACGGUCACGAAGCAGACAAAGAUGGGAAAAAAUAACAAGCCAGAAGUCAUUGGACAAAGUGUAGAAAAAGUGAUGACAAAUAUCUUUGAUCCGAAGAAGCCUGGUAAAUACAAAGUUGGAAAGGCUAAAGGAAAGCACGGAUUCAUGUUGGACAUCUUCAAUCCAUUUGGACUCGGUGGACUGUUCGGAGACGAACCAGCUAAGCAAUGUUCCCCAAAGAAGCACUGUAAGAAACCAGGAAUGUACUGCGAUAGGAUGGACAACCAAUGCAGGAAAAAAGUAAAACUGGAUGGACGAUGCGAUCAGGCGGGACAAUGCGAUACGGAUGAAAAACAACAUGUUACCUGCCUCUGGGGAAGAUGUUCCCUAGUCAAGAAAACCUCGGGCAAUGCAGGUGUGUUUUGCAAAGAAAAUAAAGAUUGUGGAUCUGAAGAUCUCCACUGCGGCUUACAACUAGAUAUCAGCGAGGUGUCGAAAGUCUGUAUUUAUAAACUCAACGAGGGUCAAACAUGCGGUCGAAGUAGAAUGUUUUCUUUCUUCCCCUUUGGAGGAUUGACGCAUGACCAACCUUGCAAAAAGGGAUACACUUGCCAGGAGUUAAGCUUUACAGGAAGAAAGAUUUGCCGUCGCUCAGAUGAGGAGGAUGAGAACGAAGACUAAUCUAUGCAUGUACCAAAUAAAAAAUAAUUAUGAGACAAUGGCUAAAUAGUUGCUUGUGAUAUGCAUAGUUAAAAAUGUAUGCUCGCUUAUGGUGUAAAUGGGACAAUUUUUCAUGAUGUAAUUUUUUAUGUACUGGAUUCUUAGAAUAAAAAGAAUAAAAAAUCA